AUGUUUAUUCAUUUUGUUUUACAAGUUUUUAUUUUUUGGUUUAUGAUCUAUGUAAUCAAUUAUUUAUUAUCACGUUUUCAAAUUACAAAACGUCGAUAUGCUAAUUUACUUCAUUCAUUAGGUUGUCAUGUAUCAAUAUUUACUAUUAAUUUUUAUACAAAAUUUUUCAAUCAUUUUUUCUCUCGUAUUGGUAGAAAAAAUCCACGUCUUUGGAAAAUUUGGUUUACUAUAGGAAUAUUUAUUGCAUUUAUUACAGCUAUUUGUGCUUGUCUUGUAUUAAUUUUUUUACCUUUAAAAUAUAUCUAUGAAUUACAACAAACAAUUUCAUUGAUGACACAAAAUUUAACUAGUAAAAAUAUUGUAAUGGAAAAUGAACGUAAUCAAUUAUCGAUUCAACCUAUAAUUCCUGGUGUUAAUGUACCAAUAGAACAAUUGGGACAUUUUUUUCUUGCUUUACUUUUAUUUCGUGUAAAUGGUUGUGGAUAUUUUUUAUGUAUUAUUUAUCCUGGUGCUUAUGUUGAUUUAAAUCAUGAACAAAUACAAAUGAUUACAGCUUAUAGACAAUUAAGAAUUUAUUGUGCUGGUGUUUUUCAUAAUAUGGUUCUUGUUCUUAUUGCUUUAAUAUUUCUUCUUAUUAAUCCAUUUAUUAUUCAACAUUUAUAUAUUGAAGCAGCAACAGUUUAUCGUGUAUCAAAAGAUUCACCUAUUUAUAAUCUUCUUCCUAUUCAUUCAACAAUUCAAUAUAUUGAUGGAUGUAAUGUAAAUACAUCAAAUGAUUGGUAUCAAUGUUUACGUUUAAUUAGAGAUCGACAUCCCGAACAAAGUAGUGGUUAUUGUUUAACACAAACUAAAAUUCAACUUCUUUCAAAUCAUAUUGAAUUUAAUCAAACAAGUAAUUAUGAUUGUUGUCAAAAUUUAUUUCAAAAAAAUUAUUGUUUUCUCUAUCAUUCUAAACAACAUAUUCAUCAAAAUGGUGCAUGUAUGGAAGCUCGUAGCGUAACUAACCAUCCACCUUGUUUAUUAAAUAGUGAUUGUCAACGUCAAGGGAAUGAUGCUUCAUGUGUUCAUCCAUUUUCAAUUGAUAAUAUUACACGUUUAAUACGAAUCGUACAUAAUCAAGGACCACCAAUUCUUUUUGUUGGUUCAAUUAAUGAAAUUUACCAAACAAUUAAUAUUCAAUCUUAUCAAGCUAAAUAUAAAUUUAUUUCAACAAUACUCAUUACUGAUAUUCCAUUAUUUUUCCAGUAUGUUGCUGCAUUUUCAUUUGCACUUGCAUUUUUUAAUGCAGUACCAUGUUAUGCAUUAGAUGGUCAAUAUAUUCUAUUAGCUUUAAUUGAAUAUCUUUCACCAAGUUUAUAUCAACGACGUCAUAAUAGACUUAAUUUUAGUUUAAUUUUUGGUACAUGUCUUCUUAUUAUUAAUAUUUCACUUGCUUUUGCUCGAUAUUUUCUUUAA